UCUAUAAAAAAAAAAAAACCAUAGUCAUCAUCUAUAUCUUUAAUUCUUUUCCUCUUUUCACCUUAAAUUUUUUUUGUACUUAACCCCACCUCCUCUCCCUUCCACUACUAUUACCCCUCAACUCAAAUAUACACUAAAAACCAAAAAAUAAAGUAGAAAAAUCUUUGAUAUGUUGAAUAAUCAAACACCUAAUACCCUAGCAAACACUACUACCAACAACAACAACAACAAUACUAUAAUAGAAAAUCAUCAACAUGAUCAUCAAGAAGAAGAACAAAUCAGAGACAUCCAUGCUUUAACCCCACCAAGACCUCCAUCAAAUCGUGGCCGUCGAAUCGAAGCUUGGGAAACAAGUAGCCAUAGAUCAUCGUCAAUUUCCGAAGUAGCAUCUAGCGAGAAUUUCUCUACUAUGAGCCGGGAAUUCAACGCCCUCGUUCUCGCGGGAUCGUCGGUUAGCAACAACCACGGAAGCGAGAACGAGGUCAAUAAUCAUAUAUACAAUAACAAUAAUUAUAAUAAUAAUUUGGAGAGCAUCGGCGAAAACAAUGAUGCGCCAAUUGAAGAAACAAAUCCGUUAGCUAUCGUGCCGGACAAUUAUAGUAAUACUUUGGAUCCGAUUAUUAUUAAUCCUUCUUCGUCUCCGAGAAGAAGGAUUAAUAAUAAUUUUUUGAGGAAUAAUAUUGGAGAAGUUAGUAGUGUUCAAAGGGUGAAAAAAGAAGAAGUUGAAUCGAAGAUAAGUGCAUGGCAAAAUGCUAAAAUUUCGAAGAUUAAUAAUAGGUUUAAACGUGAAGAUGUUGUUAUUAAUGGAUGGGAAAGUGAAGAAGUACAAAAAGCUACCUCUUGGAUGAAGAAAAUUGAGAGGAAGCUAGAGGAGAAGAGAGUAAAAGCCCUAGAAAAGAUGCAAAAUGAUAUAGCAAAAGCACACAGAAAAGCAGAAGAAAAAAAGGCAUCAGCAGAAGCAAAGAGAGGAACAAAAGUUGCAAAAGUUGUUGAAAUUUCCAAUUUGAUGAGAGCUGUUGGCAGAGCUCCACCUAAACGAGCCUUCUUUUAAUUAAGGAUCGUUAAUUUUGUUAGAUUGUCUACAUCAUAUUUCUUGGAAUGCAGGCCUGAAAAAACGCAUGAUAUUUUGUGCAUCAGAUAAAAAAGAUUGUUAGUAUUAGAAAAAAUAGUUUGUUGUAAUAUAUGUGUGUGUGUGUGUUUGGAAUUAAUAGUAGUAUGUUAAUUAGUCUAUAGGAGUCUCCUUUCUAUUUUUUAAAUGAUUGGGCACCCUUAUUGACAUAUAAAAAUAUUAGUUUGCUAGUUUGUGCUUGAAUUAUUUAGUUGAAUACUUUCUCUCGAGUGUUUUAGAAAAUUGUAGUGAGAAUUUUGAGUGAUUUUGUGUGUUAAACACUUUUGUAAUGAUUUUUGGGAAAUUAAAUAUAUUUUCAAUGA